AUGUUCAAGAAGGUCCUUGUUGCGUCUUUGAUGGCUUUCGCCAUGGCUCAGGCUGCCGAUGACUCGUGCUCCAACAGCACUUUCACCAUCAACUCCCAGUCCGACCUCGAUGCCCUUGCUUCCUGUGACACCGUCACCGGUAACAUUGUCAUCACCUCCCAGUUGGCUACUGCUACCUUGAACGGUGUUCAGGAGAUCAACGGUGACCUUCAGGUUCUCCAGGACAUCGCAUUGACCGUCUUGUCCGCUCCUUCCCUCCAGUCCAUCUCUGGUACUCUCAAGUUGGUCAACUUGACCCUCUUGAACACUCUCGCUAUGCCUGCCUUGACCUCCUUGGGUGGUAUCGACUUCGAGACUCUCCCUGCUCUCCAGCAGGUUCAGUUCAACACUGGUGUCACCUCCGCUGACGAUGUCCUCAUCACCGACACUCAGCUCAACUCCUUGGACGGUAUCACCUUGACCACCGCCAACACCAUCGACAUCAACAACAACAUCUACCUCAGGAACAUCUCCAUGCCCCAGUUGGCUUCCGUCUCCGACACCAUCAACAUUGCCUACAACUUCGCUUCCCUCUACGUCAACUUCCCCGCCCUCCUCACUGCUGGUAACGCUACCUUCUUCUCCACUGGUGAUGUCAACACCCCCAAGUUGAACAACGUUACUGGUGGUUUGGGUUACAUCAACGGUUCCAUGACCUCCGUCACUGCCAGGAACCUUACCUCUGUUGGUUCCCUUACCUUCAACGACAACACCAAGUUGUCCAACAUCUCCAUGCCCAACUUGGCCACCAUCAACGGUGCUUUCUUGAUUGCCAACAACACUGACUUGUUGGUCAUCGACGGAUUCCCCAAGGUCUCUGAGGUUGCUGGUGCCAUUGACUUCACUGGUGACUUCACCAACGUCUCCCUUCCUGCCCUUUCUGACGUCAAGGGUGGAAUGAACGUUCAGUCUACCUCUGACGAGUUCGAGUGCCCCUUCGAGGAUGACUCCACCAACGGUGUUAUCAAGGGUGACACCUUCGUCUGCAAGGGUGCUUUGAAGACCGUUACCACCGGUUUGAAUGGUACCAACCAGACCGCUGACGGUUCCGGCACUGGUACCUCCACCUCCUCUGGUUCCUCCUCUUCCUCCACCUCUACCUCUGGUGCCUCCAAGGUUGCCUCCGCCAUGGGUGUUGCUGCCUUGAUCGCUGGUGCCGUCGCCCAGUUCGCUCUCUAA